GUCUGUGCUCGCCGCGAACGCGCGAUGACCACGUGGAGCCUCCGGCGGAAGCCGGGACGUACACUUGGACUUCUGCUGCUGCUCAUCCUGAGCUUCUUGGUGCUACGCAGGUUGAACUGGAGUACUCUGAUCCCUCUGUGGCUGCGACAUCGCCAGUUAGGACUGCAAGCCAAAGGCCAGAACUUCAUGCUGGAGGACUCCACCUUCUGGAUCUUUGGAGGCUCCAUGCACUAUUUCCGGGUGCCCAAGGAAUACUGGAGGGAUCGUUUGCUCAAGAUGAAAGCCUGUGGCCUGAAUACCCUCACCACCUAUGUUCCCUGGAACCUGCACGAGCCAGAAAGAGGCAAAUUUGACUUCUCUGGGAACCUGGAUCUGGAGGCCUUUGUGCUGAUGGCUGCAGAGAUCGGGCUGUGGGUGAUUCUGCGUCCAGGCCCCUACAUCUGCAGCGAGAUUGACCUCGGGGGCUUGCCCAGCUGGCUACUCCAGGACUCUGGCAUGCGGCUGAGAACUACGUACAAGGGCUUCACCGAAGCGGUGGACCUUUACUUUGAUCACCUGAUGUCCAGAGUGGUGCCACUGCAGUACAAGCAUGGUGGCCCCAUCAUUGCUGUGCAGGUGGAGAAUGAGUAUGGCUCCUAUAACAAAGACCCUGCCUACAUGCCUUAUGUCAAGAAGGCCUUGGAGGACCGCGGGAUUGUGGAGCUGCUGCUGACUUCAGACAACAAGGAUGGCCUGAGCAAGGGCGUGGUGCCCGGAGUGAUGGCCACCAUCAACCUACAGUCACAUGCAGAGCUGCAGUCGCUCACCACGUUUCUCCUAAAUGUGAAGGGGAUCCAGCCCAAGAUGGUGAUGGAGUACUGGACAGGGUGGUUUGACUCCUGGGGAGGCCCACAUAAUAUCUUGGAUUCUUCUGAGGUUUUACAGACGGUGUCUGCCAUCGUCGAUGCCGGCGCCUCCAUCAACCUCUACAUGUUCCACGGGGGCACCAACUUUGGCUUCAUCAACGGAGCCAUGCACUUUCAGGAAUAUAAGUCUGAUGUCACCAGCUAUGACUAUGACGCGGUGCUGACAGAGGCUGGGGACUACACAGCCAAGUACUCUAAGCUUCGAGACUUCUUUGGCUCCAUCUCAGGUGCCCCUCUACCUCCUCCACCUGACCUUCUUCCCAAGAUGUCCUAUGAGCCAAUGACGCCAGCUUUCUACCUGUCCCUGUGGGAUGCCCUCCAGUACCUGGAGCCCAUCAGGUCUGAAAAGCCCAUCAACAUGGAGAAUCUGCCGGUGAACAACGGGAAUGGCCAGUCCUUUGGGUACAUUCUGUAUGAGACCGCCAUCGCCUCUUCUGGCGUCCUCAGGGGCCUUGUGCGAGACCGGGGGCAGGUAUUUUUGAACACAGUAUCCAUAGGAUUCAUGGACUAUAAAACGACGAAGAUUAUUAUCCCCUUGACCCAGGGCUACGCCAUGCUGAGGAUCUUGGUGGAGAAUCGUGGGCGAGUCAACUACGGGGAUAAUAUCGACGACCAGCGCAAAGGCUUAAUUGGAAACCUCUACCUGGAUGAUUCUCCCCUGAAGAAGUUCAAAAUUUACAGCCUGGAUUUGAAGAAAAGCUUCUUUAGCAGGUUUGGUGUUGACAAGUGGACACCUGUCCCAGAAGUACCCGUGUUCCCAGCUUUCUUCUUGGGUGGCUUGUCGGUCAGCCCCACUCCUUUAGACACCUUUCUGAAGCUGGAGGGCUGGGAGAAGGGUGUCAUAUUCAUCAAUGGCAGAAACCUCGGACGCUACUGGAACAUUGGGCCUCAGAAGACCCUGUACCUUCCAGGUGUCUGGCUGGACAAGGGCAUGAACCAGGUCAUCAUUUUCGAGGAGGUGGUGUCAGGCCCCAUGGUCCAGUCAACUGAUAUCCCCCACCUGGGCAGGAACCAGUACAUUAUCUGA